GCAUUAGAACCUUGGCGCAUACCCCAUUUCACAGCCAUUCUGAUUUGAGACGCGAGUAAGAUCGAAUCGAACAAUUGGAGACUUUUGCUAACGAUGGAUAAUUACUCCGAAUCUUUAAGCGACUUUCUGAUAGAUGAUCCAGAGUUGCUGGCGGAACUGACUUCAUCAGAGAGUGAUUUUGAUGUUUUAAUUCCACUAAUGGACCAGUGUAUUGAAAGAAAUGUGAUAAAUGAAACAAAUAGACCUCUUCAAGUCUCUGACAGUACGCGGGAUGGAUUUAUAGUCGUAAAACCAGAAUUUGCUGUGACUAAAGAAGUGCAAAAUGCACAUUUGGAUUUAUUCGUAAGGCGUAAAACACGCCUAUCUGAAGAUCGAGCUUUAUUAAAAAAGAAAUUUCCAAGAAGAAGCUUUCCUAAGAUACAUCAGAAAAACGAGUGGCGGACUUACUGUCUGGGAAAGCUUGAUAAAGAUACCGCUGCUGUCUUGAAACCAGAACUGCAUGAUGCUUGUGAGCCGAGGGCUGAAAACCGUGAAUGGAGACUAGAACUAAAGGGCAAUCCACCCUUACUCAGUGUCGUAAUCCAUUUAAAACAGCCAGCUGUAAUACAGCUUCUACAAUAUCAGAAAGACUGGCUUAAAAAAGGUGCAUACACGCAUGAUAAUGGUCUGUGGAUAUAUGCCUUAUUGGCAUGUCUUGAAAAGCCUAUACACCCAGAUACUGGUGCUAUUCUACAUUCUAUAUCAAGGCUUUGCUCUAGCUUCAAAGCUAAAAUAAAAGAUCCAGCCAGUGAUAUGUUGAAAUCUUCUUUAAAUAUGAUCAUUUCGAUCAUAGACUGUUGCUUUAACCAACAAAACAUGCCUAAUGACUUUGUUUUAGGCGAAUAGCUGCCACUGAUUAACUAUGCUAACUUUAACGUUAUAUCAAUGAACAAAAGCAUAUAAUAUUGCACUAUUAUGUCCAUUAUAUCAUGCAUAAAAUAUCUUUCUGUGUUUUUGUAGUACAUCAACUUCUUAUAUUAAAAAUGUUUUUUCCUCA